CCGCAUCCCGCACCGGGCGCUGCGGGCGGGGCGCUGCGGGCGGACUACAGCUCCCGGCACGCACCGGGCAGCCUUUGUCUGCGCUCCCGCACCCCGCGGCCGUCGGCGGUGCCCCGCGGCCGCCCCGCGAGCGGCACCGAACCCAGCUGCUUGUGCCCGGGCUAUUGUUGCAGACAUUCCCAGGGCCCAGGUGGAGAAGAUUCCUUGGGUGAGAUUUCUUGCUGCCACCCUGAGACUCCGCAAUGGAGCCAGGGGAGGACCCCCAGGAUGGGAGGCACAGGGCAGUCCCCAGCCCCCACGGCACAGAAAAGAACUGGGCUGGUGUGAAACAUGAGAUUGUGGUGAAAAUGGAGCCGGAGGAUGAGUCCUACAUUGGGUACCUGCAGGAUGUGGCGGCAAGGGCCAGUGUCCCCAUUGUCCCCAGUGUUCCCAGUACCAGAGUAAAAAUGGAGGUGGUGGUCAAAGCAGAGCCUGAGGACGACUCAUACAGCGACCGCUGCUACCAGGAGGAGGAGGACCCCCCCGACUCCACUGCUGGCGACGCCAAGCCUGAAGUCAUUGUGAAGGUGGAGCCGGAGGAGGUGGCGUGUGCUGUGUGUCCCCAGGGCCCGGGUGACAAAGGAGCUCCGGACGGCGAGAAGCGUCCCAAGGAGGAGCUGGAGGAUGUGGAACCAGAGAGAGCCCUGCAGGCAGUGCCUGCGCACCGCAUCAUCCACGUGGGCACGGGCACAGUGCCUGUCCCUCCGGCGAGCACCGCUGGGCCCCGACCCGCCACGUCCCCCAAUGCCGAGCCGGCCCGGCGGCCCCGCGGCACCGAACGUCCCUUCGGCUGCGGUGAGUGUGGGAAGAGCUUCCAGCACCGAGGGAACCUCAUCACCCACCUGCGUGUGCACACCGGGGAGAGGCCGUUCGCGUGCGGGGUCUGCGGGAAGAGUUUCAGCCAGAAGGGCGACCUGAUGCGGCACCAACGCACCCACACGGGCGAGAAGCCCUUCGAGUGCACCGUCUGCGGGAAGAGCUUCUGCUCCAAGCAGACCUUCGUGCUGCACCAACGCAUCCACACCGGGGAGAAGCCCUUCUCCUGCGGCGACUGCGGGAAGAGCUUCAACCGCAAGGCCAACUUCGUCACGCACCAGAAGAUCCACCGCGGCGAGCGGCCCUUCGUCUGCGCCGAGUGCGGGAAGGGCUUCUGUGCCAAGAAAACCUUCAUCCUGCACCAGAAGAUCCACGUGGGCGAGCGGCCCUUCGGCUGCUCCCAGUGCGGGAAGAGCUUCAGCCGCAACGGCGACCUGACGCGGCACCACCGCAUCCACACCGGCGAGCGGCCCUUCGCCUGCGCCGACUGCGGGAAGAGCUUCAGCCACAACGGCGAGCUGAUCAAACACCGGCGCAUCCACACCGGCGAGAAGCCCUUCGCCUGCACCGAGUGUGGGAAGAGCUUCAACCGCAAGGGCACGCUCAUCACCCACCAGCGCAUCCACACGGGGGAGCGGCCCUUCGUCUGCGCCGAGUGCGGGAAGAGCUUCAACCUGAAGACGACGCUGAUGAAGCACACGCGCAUCCACACGGGGGAGCGGCCCUUCGCCUGCGCCGAGUGUGGGAAGAGCUUCAAGUACAAAGGCAACCUGCGGACGCACCGCCUGACGCACACGGUGCAGCGCGUCUACCCGUGCACCGAGUGCGGCCAGGUCUUCGGGCACAGGAAGGAGCUGAGCGCGCACCAGGGCGCGCACGCCGGGGAGAGGGUCCUGUCCUGCUGCCGCCCCUGCCUCCCCGCGCCCCCGCUGCUCGUGCCCCGCACGCAGACGCAGCUGCCGCUCUCCAAGUGCGAGUAGGGGGAGCGCACGGACGGAGCGGGGCGCGGUUGCGGCAGGACGGAGCCGCGCGGCGGCGGCGGUGCCGCGGAGCUGUCGUGCGCUCACGGCGGAGCGCGUGGAGCGCGGCCGAGGGACGGCGCCCUCCGUGCGGCGCUCUGAGCGGCGCGUGCCGUACCGGCCCCGAGCGGGGGGCGCAGAGCCCUCCGAGCGCACACCUCCGUCCCACGGCCCGACGCCACAUCCGACCCGACCUUCACCGCCCGGGAUGGGGAUGGGGACCCCGCGGCGCGUCCCACCCCCGCCGCGCGAAGGGACCCUCCGUGCCCGCGAGCUGCCCGCGGAGAGGGGCCGCGCUCCGGGGGCUGCGGUGUACGGGAGCCCCCCCGGAGCCUCGGCGGGUGGGUGAACCUCGGGGACCGCGCGCCCUUAACGCUCCACUCGCUGUUUUUUGUUUUUUUUUUUUUUUUUUCUGAGCUGGAAACGAUUAAAAA